GCAGUUUAUGAAGCUCGAAUUUCCCGCGAAAGCUUGGGGCUCCUCUUCGCUCCCGCCUCUGUCAACACUACUCUCCACACUCAAUCAUUCCACGCCAUGAAGAACAAUAACGCCAUCAUCAUCUCCUCCACCAUCCAUGUCCAAUCCUCCGUCCUCCUCAGAUCCUCCCGAUACAACAGAUCAAAAUGCCAAUCCAGACGGCAUAGGUUUAUCGGCGGCAUCACCUGUCUCAUCCACCACCGCUACCACAACAGCGACAACGGCGACGAAGAGCAAACUUAAGAAGAUCCCCCCAAUACCAAUCAAUCGAAGCCCGUCACGGACUUCGGAGAAGAAAGAAACCAGUGAUGACAACGCAGAAACGGAACUCGGUCCUGAUGACUCUUCCCCGAUCAUCGCAUCCUCUAUCGGCCUUAACCACAUUAGAACUAGAUCUGCUCCUUCACCUCUCCGUUUCUCAUCUCCAGCUUCCAAGUCUCCUAGCAAUGAAAAGAACGACGGAGACAAUGCUCGCUCUGAAUCGGUUACUCCUAAUCAUCCUGUGCCUUCUGCGGAGCCAGGGAAAAAGAACUACUGGGUUCGGUCGAAAUCCCCAAGGGGUUUUGAUUUCGCCAAGGAAAUCCAGUCUCCACGCUUCCAGGCCAUUAUGCGCGUUACAAGUGGUCGUAGGAAGAAAACUCGUGACAUCAAGAGUUACUCUCAUGAACUAAAUUCCAAAGGUGUACGGCCCUUCCCAUUGCGUAAGCCUCGUGCCAUCGGGCAGAUGGAGGAGAUCAUGGUUGAUAUUAGGGCAAAAUUUGUCCGGUUGAAGGAAGAAGUUGACUCCGAUUUAGGUAUUUUUGCCGGUGAUUUGGUGAGCAUUCUUCAAAAGAAUGUUGAGACCCAUCCAGAAUGGAGAGAGACUUUGGAGGAUUUAUUGGUUGUGGCCCGACAAUGUGCUAAGAUGUCAGCGAGUGAGUUCUGGUCAAAGUGUGAAGGCAUAGUUCAGAAUCUGGAUGAUCGGCGUCAAGAGCUGCCCAUGGGGACCCUCAAGCAAGCCCAUACCCGUAUUCUCUUUAUUUUAACCCGAUGCACCCGUCUGGUGCAGUUUCAUAAUGAAGGAGGUUUUGAGGAUGAACAUAUUCUUCGGCUUCAUCAACUCAGUGAUCUUGGAGUCUAUCCAGAAAAACUUUUGGGGAUUGAGAACCAGGAAUUAGACCCAAUUCGUGAGAAGGAAGUGAAUGAAAGGCACAAGAAAUCACAUGUACAGGAAGAAAGUGGUAUGCACCCUGACAAAGAUGAAGUGAUUUUGAGUUGUACCGUUCCUUCAGAUGGUAGCAUUGCUAAAGGUGUUGAUUCAUCUAAAAGAAAGGAUCGGAUAUCCUCUUGGAAGAAACUUCCGUCUGCUGCUCAGAAGAACCUAAAAGGCACAGAUGAGAAUGAUGUCCCCUCCAAGGAUAAAUUGGAAUCCUCACAGCUUCCAGAUAAGAUGAAAACAGGUGUUAAUGAAAAGGCUGAUAAUGCCCAAGAAAUCCCUCUUGAACGUUCAGAUAUUUCCUUUAAAGCAAAAAAAGUUUCUUGGGGUGUAUGGGGAGAUCAACAAAAUGUUGCGUACAGGAACUCAUUGAUCUGCCGGAUCUGUGAGGUUGAAAUACCAACUGUGCAUGUAGAAGAUCAUUCUAGAAUCUGUACAAUUGCUGAUAGAUGUGAUUUAAAAGGCUUAACAGUAAAUGAACGUCUUGAAAGAGUUGCUGAAACUCUUGAAAAGAUAAUGGAAUCAUGCACACCAAAAGGCACCAAUACUUUGGGCGGAAGUCCAGAGGCUGCAAGAAUAUCUACAUUGAGUAUACCUAAAGCUUUUGAUUCUCCAUCACUUAAAAAUGAUAAUUCAUGUCAAGAAUAUCCCAAAGACAUGCUUGAUUGUGUACAUCAAACUAGUAGUUCUUUUGUCAUGGAUGAUAUGAAGGGCUUCCCUGACAUGACUUGCAAAACACAUUCUAUUAUGAUAUCUGAUCAGGGAAUGAAAGCAUCAUCAAUAGGAAGCUUGACCCCAAGAUCUCCAUUAUUAACUCCACGGGCUAGCCAGCUUGAACUGCUUUUGAAUGGAAAGAUUGCAAUUUCAGAGCAUGAAGACUUUCAACAGAUAAGCAAACUAUUGGAUAUUGCUCGCUCUGUUGCCAGUAUAAACACUAAUGACUAUAGCACAUUAGAGUAUUUGGUGUCCCGUCUAGAAGACCUAAAAUACGCUAUCCAAGACAGGAAGGUGGAUGCCCUUAUUGUAGAAACAUUUGGAAGGCGAAUAGAGAAGCUGCUGCAGGAAAAAUAUGUACACCUUUGUGGACAGAUAGAAGAUGACAGGGUUGAUCCAUCAAAUGCCAUGGUUGAUGAAGAAGGUUCAUCAGAAGAUGAUGCAAUUCGUAGUCUGCGGGCAAGUCCUAUGAAACGAAAUUGUAAGGACCGGACAUCUAUAGAAGAUUUUGAAAUAAUAAAACCAAUCAGUCGAGGGGCAUAUGGACGUGUUUUCCUUGCAAGAAAAAGAGCAACUGGUGACUUGUUUGCUAUAAAGGUUCUAAAAAAGGCUGAUAUGAUUCGCAAAAAUGCAGUUGAGAGCAUUCUGGCUGAGCGUAACAUCCUAAUAACUGUUCGCAAUCCUUUUGUUGUCCGAUUUUUCUACUCCUUCACAUGCAGAGAAAAUCUCUAUCUGGUCAUGGAGUACUUAAAUGGAGGAGAUCUUUACUCUUUGCUGAGAAAUUUAGGCUGUUUGGAUGAAGAUAUGGCCCGUAUAUAUAUAGCAGAAGUUGUUCUUGCAUUGGAAUAUUUACAUUCCUUGAAUAUCAUUCAUAGAGACCUGAAGCCAGACAACUUAUUGAUUGCUCAUGAUGGUCAUAUCAAGUUGACAGAUUUUGGGCUCUCAAAGGUUGGUCUUAUCAAUAGCACAGAUGAUCUAUCUGGUCCAGUUGUUGGCAGCACUGCUCUUCUUGGUGAUUAUGAGCCAAAAACUGCAGAACAACAGACAUUAAAAAGGGAACAGCGCCAAAAGCAUUCAGCUGUUGGUACUCCUGAUUAUUUGGCACCUGAAAUACUUUUAGGAAUGGGACAUGGUGCAACUGCAGAUUGGUGGUCAGUGGGCAUUAUUCUUUUUGAGCUGCUUGUUGGUAUUCCACCAUUCAAUGCAGAGCAUCCACAGAAAAUUUUUGAUAAUAUAAUGAACAGGGAUAUACCCUGGCCACGUAUACCUGAUGAAAUGAGUUAUGAAGCACAUGAUUUGAUUGAUCAAUUGCUGUUUGAAAAUCCCAUCCAGAGACUUGGUGCAACUGGGGCCAGAGAGGUUAAGUGCCAUGCUUUCUUCAAAAACAUCAACUGGGAUACUCUUGCCAGGCAGAAGGCUGCAUUUGUUCCCUCAGCCGAAGGUGCAUAUGAUACAAGUUAUUUCACAAGCCGUUACAUAUGGAAAUCAUCAGACGAACAAGUUUGUCCAUCUGGUUAUGACUUUGAUGAUACAUCUGAGACAUGCAGCACAUCCUACAGUGGCAGCUCAUUCAGCAACCUACUAGAUGAAGAUGAUGAAUGUGGUAAUCUUGCAGAUUUUGGAACCCCUGCCCUUGCAGUGAAGUAUUCAUUUAGCAAUUUUUCAUUUAAGAAUUUAUCUCAGCUAGCUUCCAUCAAUUAUGAUCUGGUUGUAAAGUGUAGCAAGGAUUCUUCAGAAGCCUCCAAACCCUGAGUUGCAGGUCGAAAAAAGUUCAACGAGUUAAGUAGUGACCUCCCAAUGCAAGACAAAUGAAGAUAAACUUCGAUGUUUCAUGCCAAUUGAACAGGAUGGCCAUGACAGCUUGGGUAGCAAGAGACACCAUGGAAGGAUUAUUUAUGGUACCGAUAGACUGGGGAGAUGUGAUAUCAAAAUUGUUGAAGCUUUGCAGCCAAAAAAAAGUUGUAAUAAUGGUAUUAACUAUAGUUACAAUGAUAUUGUCAUCGAAGGGACUCAAACUAUAGAAGAGGCCAUUGAUCUUGAGGGAAAUGCUCCAUGGAACAUUGAGCUGAUCGCCCAAGACACAAGGGAGCUGGUAGAAAACAGUGGCAAGAACAUCAUAUUCAAGCACAUUCCUCGUGAACCUAGUAGGUUGGCGAACUUCAUCAUUGGUGUAUCAGAUCCAUUAGUAGCAAUGGCUUUCCAGGAGACUAUCGAGAGAAUUAGACUAAUUGACUUGUGGAGCAGCUAUACCCCUCGCCUAUCUUAGAGCUCUUCCCAUUAAAAAAAAAAAAAACAACUUAUUUGUGGCCUUUAUCCAGGCAUGUCCAUGAAAACUAAUCCAUAUAAACCAUGGGUGAGUUUUGGCAUCCAGGAAAGUGUGAUAAAUGGUUAUGAAGAAUAGAUAGUAUUCAUCACAGGAUGUUUAGGCAUAUCUAAUCGGGUUGUUUCUUUUGCAUGAUCUCUUGAAUCCUUGGGCCCGCUCUCCCCUAGGGUAAGUUUUUUUUUUUUUUUUCAAUUUUUUGAACCAGGGGAGGGGAAGUAGGGAAUUUACUUGACACGUAGCCACGUUUCGUGUGUUCCAUAAUCUUUACAAAGUUAUACCAUACAUCAUUUUUGCUGGGGAUGCAACACAACACUCGGUAUGGAGAGUUGGCUGGUGAAUGGUGAUGAAUCUACUUCAAGAUUCAUGAGAGCAAAAGAGGGGCUUAAUUCAUGAGAACCAUUUUCUUGGCUGGUGAAUGGUGAUGAGUCUACUUCAAGACCCCAUGUCUUUGCUAAUGGCAAUCUUUGGUCGCCACUCGCUAGUGGUAAUUGUAUUUCUCAAAUGUUUGGUAUUGCUUUCAAUGAGACAAUUUUGUCGUUGGUCGA